AGGACAUCACUUUAUCAUCACGCCAGAGAAGACUAGUCUGAGAAAAGAAAGUGAGCCUCAAUCCUAUCAUGGCUUGUGCAAGGCCCCCGCCCCCUGGGUAGGAAUGUUUGUGGAGUAGUUUUGCAGCUGAACAACACAGAUUCUUCAUUAGCUUGACUUGACUUGGGAGACAUCAACUCUACUGCAACAAACCAACAAAUUCAUCCAGGAUGCCAAUGUCCAGGCGAUGGCCUGUCCUGCUCACGUCAGUCACCCUGCUCCUUCUCGAGCUCUGUCCUGGACUGGCUGCUGAAGCCCCGACAUCCACCUGCUCAGGGUACCCAGGAAUUCCAGGCUCCCCCGGCAACAAUGGAGUGCCAGGAAGGGAUGGGAGAGAUGGGAAAGAUGGGAUAGAUGGAGCCAGUGGUCUUAAAGGGGAAAAGGGAGAGAGGGGGGAAAGUGGUGCCUCUGGACCCCCAGGGAAAUAUGGACCCUCUGGCCCAGCAGGGAUGAAAGGAGAAAAGGGGCAUCCAGGGCCUUCAGGUGGAACAGUAGGUCUAAGCUACAUUGAAAAAUUACAGUCAGAAGUUGAGAUGCUUAAAAUCAGUUUGUCCAGGCUUGAGAAAGCUGCACACUUUCAGUUCUUCAUAAGAUCUGGUAAUAAAUACUUUGGGUCCAAUAAGGAGCCUAGCACUUUUGAACAAGGAUUAAAGAUAUGCAGAGAUGCUGGUGGAAAAAUAGCCACACCAGGAAGCCAAGUGGAAAAUAAUGCCCUUUCAAAGUUUCUCGCUGAAUCUCAGUACGCCUAUAUUGGAGCAAAUGACAGAACCACGGAAGGGACAUUUGUGGACUUGGAAAAUAAGCCUCUUCAAUUUACCAAUUGGGCAGAUGGUGAACCCAAUGACGCUAUGGAAACAGAAGACUGUGCUAUAAUAUACACAUCUGAAAUAUGGAAUGAUGUGUCAUGUGAUGGAAAAUACAUCAUAAUUUGUGAGUUUUAGAAAGGAAAAAUAUUAAUGUUCUGACCAUUCGUUCUGCUGGUUCUACUAUUGAGUGAGAAAGUAAUCAUCUCUUUUACAAUAAGAAAAGUAUGUUUGCUGUCAUGUUUAUAUAGUUUAGAUUGUUUUGUUGGAAAUUGGGUAAUUUCACAAAUUACAGCUUAUAUACUAAUAUAAUAAUAUAAACAUAGCACUUAAGAUUUUUGCAACAAGUUGUAAACAAAUAAACUCUGAUGUUUUAGGUUUAAUGAAUGCAUCUAAUGCAUCUAAUGCAACGUCUAAUUUUUCUGGAAAAAAGGAAGCUCCUGGAGGAACUUUAUGUUCUUGUUACUGUACAUCACCACAAUUAGGAGCUGGCUGUACAGUAGACUAGAGACCAAAGUUGUCAUCCAGAGCAACAUAACCUUUUCAUUUCCUUUUGGCCACAUGUAUAAAAUGUGUAAAGUUUUCUUAGUGAAUGUGAGAACUCACUAUGACACCAUAUAACAUCUGAAAGGUGAGCCAAAAAAAGUACAAUUAAAUUCACUGGAGAAUGCUAUUAAAAUAAAAUAAUUUAUUAUUACAAAACCACAGCCACAACCCCCCUAUUGAUGGGGUGUCAUCUUUUUUCAAUGUUCAGAUAUGGAAACCCAGUUUCAGAUAUGGAAAAUGUCUGUUUUAUAUCUUGUCACUGUAUUCUGAAAAAAUGAAUCCAUCUAUAGCAGGGA